AUGAAAAUCCCUCUCCUUUUGUCGAUUAAAACUCCUGCUCCUGAAGAAUUGAAUUUAAUGCCACUCCAGUUCUUUACUGGCAUCUGUUUCCCUGAAUUCCAGAUCUUUAUAUGCAGGAACCAGAUAACACAGAUCAAAAAACUCAUUGAAGACAAAAAUAUCUCAAAUGAUAUUUCCAACCUUUCGUUUAACGAUGACUGUUUGCUGCCCGUUGAGUCCCAGAACAUCAUACUAAACUCCAUACAGAGCCAUGGCCAGUCAAACAAAGAAAAAGAAUAUAAAAAUCAUUUGGUCGGUCAAUUAAUCGAGAUCCGGAAGAAAACAAUGGAAGAAAAGAAGAAUUCCGAGCAAUUGAAGAAGACCCGAAAGGUUUCCUACACAAAAAACCAGAAUGAACUGAUGAGACUCAAAAAAGAACUCUUUGGAUCAUUUGACGUCUACAAGAACGAAAAUACGCAGCUUGACAUGCAGAUAGAACACUACAAAAUGCAGAUAGAAGCCUACAAAAAGUCAAUUGAGAACAAAAAGAGUUUAAUUGAGAAUUUGAAGCAGCAAAUAUGUGCAAUAAAGGGUGUAAAAGAGCUAAAAACACCUGUUCUCCCUGAAAGAAAGCCUUUCAACCAGAAAUUCACUGCAAAAAUUUCAGAAUUUCGGUUUUUUGAUGAGAAUUCAACUGAAAUCCCUGAAAGUAGUGAUAUCCCAACAUCUCCUGAACUUGUCGAUGAAGUAAUUGUUGAAAUUCCUCAUGCCCAACAGCAAAUUCCUGAAAUUAAACAAGAAAUUGAGGAAAUGGUUGAAACUCCAGCAUCUUUAAGGAAUUUGAUUGGAGAUAAAUGGCCUUUGUCACUCCAGAAUUCGAUUUCCAACUCAUUGAAACAGAUAACAAGUUCAGAUUCAGUCAAAGCAAUGCGUGUCUUGAAGGAUGCAUCGCCUGACUCUUUGUCCAGAAUAAAGAAUCUCCUUUCUGGCGGAAAAGUUGACUCCGGAGAAGCUCUCAUACAAAAUGAUGUAAUGAGAAGAAUUACUGUAAUUAAAGAAAUGUUUGAUGAAUAA